UUGUCUUGAUCUUACCAUGAUCUUUGCCAUAUCUUACUUGAUACAAACUUCAACUCCCCAUAUCGAACUACAUUUGAGAGCGGAACACAGAACAUCGCGUGUGGUCACCCUAUCAUGCCCCCCUCCCCAAACCAAACUCAAACUCAAACUAACUGAAACUGAAAGUGUGAUUGAUUCAGUUCAUUCAGUUGUAAUGAUUGCCUGUCAAAACCCUCUUUAAACUAAGUCUCGUCAAUAUUUGUCUGCGCCAGAGACUCCAAGAACUAUUUCAAAAUGACUACGCUUCCAAACUUCCUACAACAGUACGAUUAUAUCCUUGACAAACCUGCCAUGAAGCUGCAGCUACUGGAAGGAGAAGCGGAUGAUGGAGGGGCGGGCGUUCCAUCAGCUGUCGACUCUUUCCUUAUGUCAGUUGUGGAAGCGUACGGCAUGGUGGGAGAGAUGACUUCUGCCGACAAGCAACAGGUUUCUUCUAGGUCCGCAGCUGUCAAAGAAAAGUCAGUGCAGUGUAAUCAGGAAACGAUUGGUGGAUCCUUUGAUGCAGAAAAAUGGAAAUGCAUAUCCAAGAGUGUAAUGAACACUCUGAUCCAGACUGUGGAGGAAGCACGCAGAGCUCAGAUGCUGAGACAGUUGCAACUAUGUGAACAUAACAUUAGAGGCAUCCUAAAGUGUGAAUACAUUGAAAUAAUGAUCACUGAGUUUCAGCGUUUGCUUGUUAACUCUUCUCGACUUCUGGAGUAUGUCUAUAAGUAUUUGAGUUGGGGUACUUUAAAAGGACAUGCAUCUAAAAAUUUACUCCUCUUAUGUGCAUCUCAACUGAAAAAGUUAUUUGCUUUUUUGAUCUGUGCAUUGGAUGUUAAUGCUGGCACAGGAAAAAACUGUGCUGAGGUGAAAGGAUAUGUUCUUCAGCGAAUGAAAAUUUGCUUUGAGAAGAUUAAGAAGGUUGUAGAGGGCGAGGUUCCUGAAGAUGAGAGCGAUGAUCUUGGAGGUGGAUUGUUCAUGAUACACAUGGACCAAGCAGUCUCUCUGCUUGCUGUGUUUGGCUCAGGUACUGGCCAGUCUCUUCUGGACAGUCAAUGGCGCACUUCUGUGGAAGCAGUCCUGCAACACGCAAUGGCAAUUGCUCAGAUUGCAUCUCCGCUUGAUUUCAAAAUGAUCCAUGCCAGUGGGGAAAAGAUUUUAAGAGAAAGUGACAAUCUAGAGAGGGAAUGUAAAAGUGCCAGCAGUAACCCUUCAGUAUGCAAACUUCAUGCCAUGUCUCUGUCGGAUGCGCUAGAAGAGUUGGAACAAAGAGUCUGUGCUUCUGUUUUGAAAAUGUAUCUUCAGGUAUUUUCGGAUCUAUUUACACCUUUAGAAACUCUGUUAUUUCGUAUUGGAGAAAAGUCAGAGAAUGGUGUUGAGAAAACUGCAGAAGACCUAUCUGACGCCAUAUCCACCUAUGAUUCACACAUGGACCGUCUAUUGCAAGUUGCUUUGUUUGCAGUUGCAUGUUCAGAAGAUAAAAACCGUGUGUUAGGUAUUCGCAGUUGUCUGGCAUCUUUAGAAUCUUUGGAAACAAAUUUAGUCCCGGCCUUGACUGCACUCUAUUUGAAAGAAACACCCUCGCAGGUUGAGCUUGCUCGUUUACUGGUAGAACACUGGAACAUAGAAGUGAAAGAGCUGUGGCUAUUGAUUGAUGGGAUUAUUGACCCUGUGGCACUUGCUCAGGUUGUUCAUAGUACUGUUUGGACUGCAACAGCUGUUAUCAAGAAGUCCAUCCUAGCAAAAAGAGUGGUUUGUCCAGAUGAGCUGAAGAGACUUGUUAGGUCUGUCGUUCUGAAUGCUGAUGUUUUAGUUCAGCACAUUUUAAGAUUUACUGCAUCCAUUCCAUUUGCUGAUACACCUCCUGUGAUUUUGAUGUUAAAUAGCUUGGAAUUAGCUGUCAAGGAAGGGAGUGCUGUUCUUAGAAAGAUGGAUGAAAAGGAUUCAACGCUUGGUGUAGAUCGAAUUUUGAAGCGUUGUGAACUUUUGGUCACUUGCGUCAAAAACAUUCUUCCUCUGUUGGAAGAAGUUGACAACCCUGACUUCAAAGACAGCGUGCUUCAAGAACCAGAGGCAGCUGUAGAGCCACAAAUGAAGAUGACCAGUGUAUUGGAUACAACAUGUGUGAAGUCUAGAAGCCUCAAGAAGCAACUAUUAGCUCUAGGUCUUCCCUCUGAUGCACAAAUAGAUAUAGAUGUUACUGACUCCCCUGAGACUUUCAACCUCAUGCAAACAUUCAUGGAUAAGACAUCAACUCAACCAAGAUUUGCCACAAGCUUCCUUUAUAAUGACAAAACUAAGACAAGUAUUCAAGGGGUCAGAGACACCCCUAAAUCAGUUCCCAGCUCGAGCAUCUUCAUUAGAAAAGUUGUUGAUCUCGAGGAGAAAUUGUUGCAAAACACAUUUUCUUUGCCCACUCCCAAAACACUACGACCUCAUAGUGGUCUUGUCAGCUGGCCGCCCUCAACUUCAGGUUACCAGGUGUCUGAUAUAGAAUCUGAACUUGAAGCAAACAGUUCGUCUCGUGAUAUUGCUACACCUGAACGAAUUCAAGAUCUACUUCAAGUUCAGACUAGGAUUGAUGCUGUAAAGAUCUCUUCUGAAUAUCCUAAAAUGUCUUUGUUCUAUCCUCCAAAUUCAAAAUAAGGAAAUAUUUAUCUUUUUGUAUUAUGACUAGUAGAGUUUUAAUUUUUUUAAUUUCUUAAUUUUUGUCACAUCUCUCAUUUUUGUAGUAUGUGUUUUGAUUUUACUACCCUCUUCUGUGGAGUUUACCUUUGUUAAUUUCAGUCAUGCAUGGCAUAGGUUUAAGUAUUUUUGUAUUUUCAUGUACCUUAUUUGUUACGCUCAAAAUGACAAAAACUAAGAGUGUUUUAUAAUUGUUUGAUGUUUGUGUUUUCGACUGCUUUGAGAGUCUUGUAACUGUUUUAUAAUUUUUUUAAAAAAAAUUUAAAGAGUAUUUUUUUUUUAAAGAUGAGGACUAAUAAAGUUGGAUGACACUGA